UUCAGCAGCUGUCUGUCAAUCUCGCACUCUCAACAUUCAUACUGUUCCAGCAUCGCGCCUCACAAUGCUUCUUCACUUUUUCCUGGCCUUCUGCUUUGUGGCCUUUGCAGCUGCAGCUCCCACGGAUGUCCUGGGUACAAAUACAGUAUGCGGCUUCGCAGAUCGCGGAGUUUCAGCGUCGCAAUAUACAUAUCUUGCGCUUGACGGUUGUCGUGCCCUCGGGGAGGCCGCACCAGUGAGGAACGUGUACCGCGAUCCGAACUGUGACUGCACAUUCUAUAGGGACGCAGAUUGUGAGAAGCAUGCAUGGUAUCUUUCUGUCGACUACGCGACCAUGCGAACGGAGGUCGCACAGAUCUCGAAAUACUACAAGUGCGCUACAAGAACCGGACGGGGAGACGAAUUGAAGAAAACUUGAAGGAGGCUCGGUUCUCGAGGCUUGUUUUAUUAAUGCAUAUCGAGCACGCUUGAUGGUCAGGCACGAUCGCAUAUCCGGAUGUUUCAACAGUCUAAGCGCUGCAAGCCGUCUUCCAACUUGAAAGGAACCAAAACCCUCGACCUGGAAAAUUACCGACUGCUGUAGUUCUCCUGCCGCCAUCCCUCAGACUGACGUGUGCGCUGGGGAGUGCCAACCAUAUUUCUUCCUGCAGCCAAUUCGCCCUGUCAAUUUAUCCUUCGCAUGGCUUUCGCUUUGUAC